AAACAAACCCAGCAUCAUCUCUCUCUCUCUCUUCUUUCUCUCUCUAGAAACACUCCGCACUUCACACUCUCUCACUGCGAAGGUUGGUGAAGAGGAGGUAUGGAUUCCAUGAAGUCCUUCAAGGGCUACGGCAAGGUGGACGAGGCGGAGGAGCAGGCCUUCCGCAAGCGCACCCGCCGCCGCCUCCUCAUCCUCGCCGCCUCCGCCGCCCUCCUCCUCGCCGUCGUCGCCGCCGCCGUAGCCGGCGCCCUCGUCCACCGCCGCAGCGGCUCCGGCCACGACGACGGAGGCUCGGCAGCUCCCGCCCCCGAGCUGACCCCGGCCGCCACCCUCAAGGCCGUGUGCAGCGUCACCCAGUACCCCGACUCCUGCUUCUCCAGCAUCUCCGCCGCCGAGACCGCCAACGUCACCGACCCGGAGCAGCUCUUCAAGCUCUCCCUCGCCGUCGCGAUGGGGGAGCUCCAGAAGCUCCCGGGCUACGCGGACCGGCUGGCGAGCAAGGUUGAUGCCGGGGACGCCCGGGACAGGGCGGCGCUCGCCGUGUGCGCCGGCGUGUUCGGGGACGCGGUCGACCGGCUCAACGACUCGAUCGCUUCGCUGGAGGUCGGCGCCGGAGACUCGAUCCUGUCCUCGGCGAAGAUCAACGACAUGAAGACGUGGCUGAGCGCGGCGAUCACGGACCAGGAGACUUGCCUGGACUCGCUGCAGGAGAUCAACUCGACGCUAAUCGACGACGUCAGGGCUGCCAUGGAGAACUCGACCGAGUUCGUGAGCAACAGCCUGGCCAUCGUGACCAGGAUUAUCAGCCUGUUGGCCGAUUUCAAGAUCCCCAUCCACCGGAAGCUGCUCGGAUCGUCGUCGCCGCCGUCGGAGUUCCCGAGCUGGCUCGGGGCGGCGGAGAGGAGGCUGCUGCAGGACGAGGCGUCGGCGGCGGCGCCGCACCUGACGGUGGCGCAGGACGGGAGCGGGGACUACAAGACGAUCCAGGAGGCGGUGGACGCCGUCCCGAAGAAGAACGUGUCGAGGUUCGUGAUCUACGUGAAGGCGGGGACCUACAACGAGACCGUGGUGCUGGAAAAGAGCAAGUGGAACGUGAUGAUGUACGGCGACGGGAAGACGAAGACCAUCGUCACCGGCAGCAAGAACUUCGUCGACGGGACUCCGACUUUCAGCACGGCGACCUUCGCUGUCGCGGGUAAAGGCUUCAUAGCGAGGGACAUGGGGUUCGUGAACACCGCCGGCGCGGCGAAGCACCAAGCGGUGGCGUUCAGGUCCGGGUCCGACCUAUCGGUGAUAUACCGCUGCGCCUUCGAUGCGUACCAGGACACACUCUACGCGCACUCGAACCGCCAGUUCUACCGCGACUGCGACGUCACGGGCACGAUCGACUUCAUAUUCGGGAACUCCGCUGUCGUCUUCCAGAACUGCAAUAUCCAGCCCAGGCAGCCGCUGGACAACCAGUUCAACACCAUCACGGCUCAGGGCAAGAAGGACCCUAAUCAAAACACCGGCAUCUCGAUCCAGAAAUGCAGUAUCACUGCCAACGGCAACGUGACUGCUCCGACGUAUCUCGGCAGGCCCUGGAAAGACUACUCGACCACCGUGAUUAUGCAGUCGACCAUCGACUCCUUCUUGAACCCCAAGGGCUGGAUCGAGUGGGUCAGCAACGUGGAUCCCCCGAGGACGAUCUUCUAUGCGGAGUACCAAAACCGCGGCGCGGGGGCAAGCACGGCGCAGCGGGUCACGUGGGCCGGGUAUAAGUCGGCUCUCACAGCGACCGAGGCCGGGAAGUUCACGGUGGGGUCGUUCAUCCAAGGGAGCGAGUGGUUGCCUCAAACUAGCGUGACGUUUGACGCCGCUUUGUAAUCCGGUAAUGGUAAAUGAUGUAGGGCCGCAAAGUGCCGAUAGUGAAUAUUUUCCCCCUUCUUUUUUUAUUUAUCGAAAUUGAAAUUUGUUUGUAGCGUUUCGAUUUUCUGAUGUGCUAUACACUGAUCAAUACAAAAAAUGGUUCCACUU